CACCAACCAGAAUCGGUCCUAUUUUUUGGAAAAAGAAACGAAGAAAUAUGAAAUUGAAAAUGAAAAGCACCAAUCAAUCAUAGAGUUUAGAUGAUAAAAUCAUAACAGAGAGAAUCUGAGGUUAAGAAAGAGUUGAAGAGAGAGAACGCUACGGCACUGUGUGUUUCUACGCAACCUUAUUUCUUCCAAUGGCGUCUCUUUUCCAAUGCCACAACACCCUUCUUCGUCUCCGCUUCCUACCAUAGUAAUCCAUGAUUCCGGUUUUGCUGAUGGGGUUUCGCUGGUGGUGAUCACUGAGGUGGUACUGUGUGUGUGAGCUGUAUUAUCUGUUCUUUAUCUCGUGUUUGUGGAAUUUGAUAUUUAAAGAGAGAGAUGCAUGAGUUUGAGAAGUAGUGGGUUUUUUCUUUUUGUGGUAAAGACAUGUUCUUGGGUGGAGGGGGAAUUUAAUUAGGAAUUCGUCACAUUUUCCCCUCUGGGUAGGAUGGAUUUGCACAAUAAUGUGCAGCCUGAAUUGGGCAAAUUGGAACAAAUUAUUUAUCAAUUUCUUUUGAAGUGCUUGCACAUCAUUUUGGACUCUAGGGUACCUUUUUUACGGCCACAUGAUCGAAGUGGUGACAUGUCAAUCGGUCCUAGGGUGAAGAGGAGUGACAAGUGGUUUAACUUGGCACUAGGUGACAGGCCUUCUGCCCUAGAUAACUUGCACUUCUGGCACAGGAAUUUGAUGGAUCCAAUGAUAAUUGACAUUAUACUAGUUCAUGAAGUGGAUGGUUCUUCUGUUGAGACUGUUAUAGAGAGGUGGAUCGUUCAGUAUGAUUGUCCCCGUGUUGUGGCUCCCCAAACUGGUGACAUUACUAGCUCUUACAAGAAGACAUACCAGAAGUCGAUAGUACUCUUUCGCGCUCUUUAUUCUCAAAUGAGGCUUCUCCCAGCUUAUAAGAUAUUUAGGCAGCUAAGCACUGCCAGCCAUACUUGUAAUUUUGAUAUUAUUUACAAGGUUUCUUCCUUUAGCGAUCCCUUCUCUCGAGCAGAAGGGGGAAUGAUGGAAGAGUAUAGUUUCACUCCUGUUGAGGCUCUUCCUGGCCGCCUUUGUAUAUCUGUGACCUACCGCUCUACGCUGUCUGAUUUCAACCUUGAGUGUUCAGCUUCAUUGCCAACAAAAAUAAUUACUGAUUAUGUUGGAAGCCCCAACACUGAUCCUUUGAGGUCUUUCCCUGCCUCGGAUAAGGGUGUUCGUGCUACUUCCUUUCCACUGAGAGGGAUAGCACCUCCAACUUCUGUGCCACUUGAACGUCCUCAUAGCUGGACUUAUGGUUUCCAUAAGGCAGCACCUUUUGUACAGAACCAUCCUUCUGUUGGCUCCUCACCGGUUUAUCGAGGUUCUCCCAAGCCAUAUGAUUUUCCAUCCCCACCUACUGAUGGUUAUGGUGUCAGAUUGCAUAACUAUCGAAUGCACAAUCGGCAAUGGUCUACAAGUUAUGAUGAAUAUCAACUUUCUCCUCCGUUCUCACCCUCACCAUCUCCAUCGCCACCUACAUACUUCUGUGGUGGCAAUCCAAUGCAAACUCGACUACGUUCUGAAACAGCCCCUGUAACUAUACCUCAUCCAGUAAUGAGCAAAAGCUCCAGAAAUCUUUCUCCCAAUUUUUCAGAUCCUAGUCGGAAUUCUCUGCCUCCCUUGUCUCCCAGAAGGAAUGAUGGUUCAUCACACGAGUCUCCAUCUGGAAUCAGGUCAUUCAGGAAAUUAGAAGCUUCAAGGACUGGUCAAAAGUUUGUCAGAGAUAGCAAGGAUGAUUCAGGGAGGUUCUCUGGGUUGUUAUCUUCAAGUGGCUCACCACGCAUUGGAUUUUCUAGAACUUCAAGUAGAUUAUCAUUUCAGGAUGAGUUGGAUGAUGGUGACUUUUCAUGUCCUUUUGAUGUUGAUGAUGUUGAUCCACCGGAUGUUCAAUCCAGUGCUUUGGCCAUUUGUACAGAAUGUCACAACGUGGUUGGGAAGAGUGCUGCAGAGAUUACUUCAACUUCACUGCCAAUGGGGAAAAAAUCACAAGAUGCUGCUGUUGGUGUUCUUGUGCACAUGCUCAGGACUGCGCCGCCGUUGCGCCAAGAUCCAAGCUGCUAUUCAUCCCAUUCCCCAAAGGCUGAUGCUGAACCUGUGGGAGGAAUUGCCACUGCUUCUGGAUUCUUCAUGCCUCGAAAGACGGCGGAUGCACUUGAAGAGCUCAGGGGUUACAGAGAAAUGAGAGACCUUCUUCUUUCCAAGAGUGGCACUCGGAUCCUGAACAGACAUGAAGCUUAAGCAUGCUUUAGUGUUGUGUUAUUCAUCAAGACCAUGAAAUAGUUGAGGGGUUGAUGCUGACUGAAGAUUGGUACUAAUUAGUUAUACACAACGAGUGCUUGUUUUGGAAAAGAGAAAGAUCCAAUGGAUUUGUGUACAUAUCCUGAUUCCUGACUGAAUGUUGGUUGCUAGAAACACCAUUUUUAUAAUGACCAAAAUUAUGCUAAUUUUCUCUCAGUCUUUAUAGACAUUAUAGUUCUGAAAUGAGGAACUUGCAUGCCUAGUGUAUUUGGUGGUGGCAAAGGUGGGAAAAAGAUUGUUAUCGGUAUUUCGAAAGGUGGUUGAAUUUCUUGUAAAGAUGCAUGCAGGCAAAGUAAACACUGCUUUAAAUGUAUAUUUGGACUUCUUUGAGAUAAUCAGUCUCUGAUAAUUUGAUUAUAUAUGCUGAUUAAUAUCUUGAAA